AUGAAUAAACACCCAGGAAUGAAAUGCAGAACAGAGUAAUUUCUAUUAACUCCCCACACUCCGUGAGCGAACAAAAAAAUUUUGUUCUCUCGCGGAGAGGGGUUUAAUUUUUUAAAAAAUAUCCUAAUUCGCAAAUUAUGGAAAGCAAAUAUUUAUUUAAUUUGUAUGCUUUAAAAAUGCAAGCUGUUAAAAUUAAGCAAAAUCAGCAAGAGGUUUCAUUAUGCCAAUGAGCACUUAUAUGUCAAAAUUUUUUUUAAUAAAAAAUUUUUUUUCGCUCAUGGAUUUUUCAAAUGGUUUUGUUCGCUGACGGAGGGGAGUAAGUAUUGUUCAUGAAGCAUAUUAUGAGCAUUUAAAAUCAAAGUACACAACAGAUUUGGAAGAAGUAACUCAAGAAAUCGACACAUGGCUUACAAAAAAUAAUAUUUUUUCUCAUGAAAGCGCCCAAAAAUCCUUGCCGCUAAUGAUUUGUGGGAAUUCUGGGAGUGGUAAAAGCACAUUGAUAGCUCAAUGGAUUGAUCUCCAUGAAAAAUCCCAUAAAAGAGAUAAUGAUUUUUUGCUCUACCAUUUUGUAAAGAUCUCGGCAAGUGAUAGAGAGUAUUAUUUUACAUUAUUUAGGCUUUAUAACAAAAUUCGAGUAAAUUUCUAUUUAGGAAGCUUAUCAAAUACCAAAGCGUGUAGGAUUGAUUGAAGACGAUUUGAGGAUUUAUUUUUCAAGGUGGCUAGAAACAGCCGCAGAAAGAAGGGCUCUAACGAAUUCUGUUAAACAGAAUCUGAUUUUAGUUAUUGACGGAGUUGACAAAUAUCUUGACCAGCACGGAAGGGAAGAGCCUUCUGAUUGGUUGCCUUGUAACUUGCCAGCUGGAGUUAAAAUGAUAUUUACUUGUAAUAAUGACAGUAAAUCUUACCCAUUUCUUGAAAAGAAAGUGAGUUAUUGUGUUUUUAAAAAUUGGGGGAUAAAAUAUUUGAGGGCAUUUCCUUAUUUUGUUAAUAAAUAUAUAUGACUUUGCUUUUAUUUUAUACAAUUCUCAAUAUAGAAGAUUACAUCAUUGAGCUAAAGCCUUUAACUUCAGAGCAAAGACUUGAUAUUUUUAAUGAACAUCUAUUAGGCCGCACAAGAGAUGAGACACCAAGGAUUUUAGAUAAGCUGCAGCAGGACAUCAAGGCUUAUGACUGUUUUGGAAACCCUUUAUAUUUGAAUUUGAUGCUAAGCCUCUCUAUGCAUUGUGUUCAUGGAAUUGAUGAUUUUGAAUAUGAAUCUCUUGAAAAUAUGUCGACUCCAGAAAAAUUAUUUGAAUAUAGCAUCGAUUUUUAUUCCCAAAGGCAUUUUAAAGAAGAAAUCAUGCUAAGAAUUUUUGGGUUGCUUACAGUCACAAGAUCUGGAUUAAGUGAAGAAGAGCUAAUUAAGCUAUCAAACUGUAAACCGCAACAAGUUUCUCGCAUUUUAACUAUAUUCCAUACCUGUUUGGUCUGUAUUUCAGGGUUUUAUAUAUUCAGUAAUGAAUGCUUUAAAAAAGUUGUCUUAGAAAAACUAGGCACCCUUAGCAGCCUUCAUCAUGAAAUUUCUCGUGUACUCGAAGGAAAUAAGCUUACAAUCAGGAAAACUGAUGAACUCUUAUACCAUUUAGAAGCUAGCAAUUCCUGAAUGAAAUUAAAAGACCAACUCACAAAGCUUGAUGUUUUUACACUUAUGAUGACCCCUGACUACAAGCUUGAUUUAUUUAAUUACUGAGCACAGCUAGAACAGCAAAGGUUUGACCCAGUCCAAGAGUACAAUAAAACUAUUGAAGAGUUUGUUGCCCAGCAUAGUCCUUCCCACCACGAUUUACUUAUCCUAAUGCUUCAGUUUUGUAGGUUUUUUAAAGAAUAUAAUGAUAUGGAAGUUCCUUCAGCUUUUAACUUCCGACAUCCUCAUUUAAAAGGCUAUUAUGAGCUAAAAGAAAUAUACCUAUUUAAAUAGAUCCUAAUUUUAUAGUAAAUUAGAGCACAGCUACUAGAAAAAAAUAUUCCUGACUAUUACAAAUAGGCAUAAAUUUACUUGAAGAAGUUGAAAAGCUGCCUGAAAUGUUUUUCUCAACCCAGCAAUACCCUCUAAAAGAAGAAGAAAAUUUUUCUAUUGAAAAUAAAAUGUCCAGGCUUGCGUUAAAAGAAAUGUGCCUAAAAGCAGCAAAAAAAGAAUAUUUUAAUACUAAACCUCCAAAUUUUUAUUAUUAUAAGCGAUGACUGUGGAUACAGUUUCCAUGGUGCACGCUGGACUCUAAUGCAGAUUUUUCACAAAUUAUGAGGAAAUUUAAUGAUGAAAAUGAAAUGAUGAAUCCGAAAGCUGAAAAUGACUUAUCAAUAGAAAUGCUGAGCAUUUUUAAAAAUGCUAAUGCAAAAGCUAUUAAAAAGUAUACACCUGUUACACGAUCAGCUUCAUCUACUAAAAUAGAAAUAAGUAAAAAAAGGCAUACAAGAAAUGAGUCAAAUACACAAAUAUCAAGGGCUGUAGGAAUUUUACCAAAAAUAAGGUCACAGAUGACGCUAGGCCUGCAAACUCCAGAAUCAAAAAGUAGAAGCCAUUCUGUGUCAUCACUUCAGCAUAGCUUUACUUCGAAUUGUUUUAGUAAAAGUUUUACAGUUAAAGAGUCUUUUGAUGUAGAAUUUAAAGAUCUAAGCCCAGAUAAUGUGCUCGAAAAAAUUGGGUCAAGUUUAUAUGAAUAUUCUAAUGCGCAGGUAAAUAAUAAAAGAAGAGAAAAUUUUGAAAUGAAAAAAUUUUAUAAUAAACCAUUUUUCCUUAAAUUAUUAAUAAAAAAUAAUUAUCUUUCUAUAAUAAUCUGAUAUAAAACUAUAUAAAAAUUUAAUUAAAAAUUAGUAUAGAUUGAUAGAAGAAACAAGAAUUAAAAAACUUAAAUUAAUAGGCAUCAAAAGCCAGCUUGAAAAAAAUGAAGACAACUUCCGUGAGCAAUGCGAAAUAAAGCAAAAAAUAGACGAGCUUCAAAAACAAAUGGAGAGUAUAUUAGAUAAACUUAACAACGCAGAGCUUGACUCCAGAAGGCUUGAAUGUAUCAUUUCUUGCUGCUUUAAAAAUCCUGCAAGAAACGAUGAAUGGGUCAGAGGACUCGAAAAAGGUAUAGAAAAUAUGAAAGAUAUGAUAAAAUUCGAAUUGGGAGAAAUUAAAAACUGCAAUAAAGAAACAGAGAUGCUAGAAGAACAAUAUUAUGCAUAUAAGGCUACACAAAAAGACAAAGCAAUGUAUCAGCAUGAUACUAUUGAAAGGAUUCUCUCACAGUAUCAAAUAAAAAACAGGAUAAAUGAAACUUUGUCUAAAGGAGAAAAAAAGAGAAAAGAUUUGGUGACUAAAAUUAUGAGUGAACAAAGCAACAGCUAUUUUUUUGAUAAAAUUAAGCAGAGAAAUAAAUUAAAGGUGACGAUAUCAGAUAAAAUGCAGUACUUAAAAGGGAAAUUGGAGCAUUAUAAUCAAGUCAUGUCGAAGGUUAGUAAAGUUUUAUAUAUAGAAGAAUAUUUUGUGAAAGGGUUUUGAUGCAAGUCAAUUUUUUUAAGCUAAAAUUAAAGAUAAUAAUGCCAAAAAUACAUUUAGCCUGCUAAUUUAUUUAAAAAAAUUAUAAAAAUGGUUUAAAUAUUUCCCACCCUAGAGAGUUAGGGAUGAUUCUAUUUACUUUUGAAAAAAGCAAAGAACUUAAAGAAAGCAUAAAAGUUAAAGAAACAAAAAUUCAAGAGCUUAAAUGCGAAAGAGAUUUACUACUCUCCAAACUGCAAAUAUUUAGAAAAAAAGAAACAGAAAAUGAUAAAAAUCAGAAAAUUGCAUAUACACUUGAUGAAUUGCAUGACAAAGUAAGGGUAGCUGAGCAGAGAUUUGAGCACCUUCAUAAGUUAUCUAAACGGCAAGAAUAUUUAUAUAUAUCUUGCUUAGGAAGCUUAGAGCAGCUAUGAGGAAGAUUUGCGGUAGAAAAAAAUUAUGAUAUUGACUCAACGAAUAUAAAGAAGGUUAUUUCAACACUAGAUAACAGGAUUUGUGAAAUGAAAAAUAAGCUUGGAGACUCUUUCAGGCUGAGAAUUAAGUCUGUAAAUGAGUUUCCUAUUUCAAAGAGUUCAGAGAGGUCAAUUAUUGAAAAUCAUGACGUGCUGGAUGUGAAAGAAGUUUCUCAUUUUGAGAGAAAAGGGGAAAGAAAAAAUACAAAGCUCUUAAGAUAUAUGAGCAUGCAAUAA